AUGAGCAUAUAUUGUCCUAAUUGCCUCCUCCUAGUCCUCACCGCCUUGUUGUAUCUUUUCGUUGCUAUCACCGCGUUUGGAGUAGGAGGAGGAGAAGAGCACCUUUACCCUCCCAAGUACCCUCCUCUAAGGGGUGGGUAUUUCCCCUUUGACAACCUGAACGACCCACGUUUGAGGGAGAUCGCAGAGUUCGCCAUUUCCAAGUACAACAAGAUUCAUGACCAAAAACUAGUGUUGCAAAAGUUGGUUCAUGGACAGUUCCAAAUAGUGGAGGGAACCAAUUACAAGCUUGUCAUUUCGGUUCUCAAUUCUUCCAAGAUCUUUAGCGGCCCAAUCAACUAUGAGAUCAUUGUGUUCGAAAAUCUUUGGAGGACUAUUAAGGAACUGAAGUCCUUUGUUCGAGUCCAAAUUAAUAAAACUUAA